CCCCGGAGACUGAUAGUUCUCCACGAGGGGACCGGUUACCGUUACGAUCUGCUCAUCGUCGUCGUGAUAUUGUUUUUGAGACUGGCUUAGUCGCCAUCCAGAACGUCUACCAACAACAUCACCAUGAUACCACAGGUAUCAUCAUUAUGUGUGCUUCUUUUAAUCGCCGGAUUUUGUUGGGCGGAUCAACAACAACAACUAGGAAUUCCUAGUUCUCUCGAUGCUGAGUCCAUCAAUGACCUAGCUAAAAAGCCAGUUAAACUGGAUCCAAAGUUACGUAAAGCUUUGCUUAAAGUACUCAAUCGCUUAGAAGAAGAGGACAGAGUUACCGAAGUUAAGCAGGUGGAAGUCGAAUCACAACAAUUCCAACAACAACAACAACAAUUUCAACAACAACAACAACAACAACAGUUUGAACAACAACAACAACAACAACUAAGACAAAGACAGCAACAGCAACGGAAACAAACACGAAUUCUAGAUCAACAGCAAAUACAAAUACUAGGACAGCAGCAAAUACAGUUACAAGAUCAACAGAAGAAACAGUUGCAGGAUCAAGAGCAAAGACUAGAGCAGUUACAGGAUCAAGGAGUACAAAGACUGCAGUCGCAAGACCUGCAGCAGCGACAGAAUCCACAACCGCAACUACGUUUCAACGUACAAGAGCCAACAGAACAGGCACAACAAGAACGUCAAAACUUCACACCGUCUCAGACGCCGACAGUAGCGUUGCCCACUUCGACGAUAGCGUUUACCACUCCCACCGAAGCAAUAUUUCAGCCUAGCCCGACUGUAGCGUUACCCACUUCCUCGCCCAAAACGGCGGCAGUGACGUUAGCUACGUCUACAUCAACAGGUCUAUUAUCCACGUUAUUGCCGACGCCUAAUUCACCAGCGGCCACCAAGUCCGUGUCGGUCGUCAACGACGACGUGGAAAAGUCAUCGAACAGUGCGUUACGUACUACGUCGCCGGCUGCAUCCAUCGCACCGACUACGGACACCGGCACCGUGGUUGACUUUUUUGAGGCGCCUUUGCUGACGGCGUUUACAGUGCAACAAGACUCGGCGGGCGUGCCAAGGCGUGUCAUACCCAUUUACACGGAACCGGGACAGCUGGAGAGGCAGAAAAUACUUGCCUUGGAAACCCGGGCAGAAUCGGGCGAUGGUGGAGACCGAAAUACGGUUGAACCGGACAGGAACGAACUUGAGUUCCUGAAAAGCGUCGAGUUGUCAAAGCAACAGGUACCGUCACGAGAAGCACUGCAGCAGCGAGAGUCGUUCGCCCUGCAACAACAGCUGAGGUUCCAACAACAACUGCAGCAGAGGGCGGUACUCGAAGAACAACAGCGUCGGCAACAGAUCGUCCAACAACGACAACUACAACAACAACAAUUGCAACAACAACAGCAGCAGCAGCAGCAGCAGCAGAAACUGCAACAACAACAGCAACAGCAACUGCAACAACAACAACAACAACAACAACAACAACAACAACAACAACAACAACAACAGCAGCAGCAGCAGCAGCAGCAAUUGCAACAACGACAACGACAACAGCAGCAGCAGCAGCAGCAACUGUUGCAGCAACAAAGAACAGUAGUCUUCCAGCCACAGCCCCAGCAGCAACUGCAAUUACAACCUGUCCAAGUUCAGCCACAACAGCAAACCAACCGAAUUGUGCAACAACAGCGACUUCCGUUUGGUGACGGCCCGUUGACACUUCUACCACAGUUUGUCCAACAGCAGCAGCAGCAACAGGCGCGAGUGCUUAGGCAACCACAAUCACAGUCUUUCGGUUACGGGUUGUCGGUACCCAGACUCCCAGGAGAUCUGGACGUGGUGUACAAGGUGCUGGCUUUGAACCACGAAGGCAGAAACAACAACGUGAUUGGACCUCAGCCGUUUUUGUUCUGAUCAACAAUUAUAGUGUCAUAUAAUGUUAUCGUUAUUUUAUCAUCGCCUAAGUAUUAUUGUUUUUAUUUAAAAAAUUAUUUUUAGUCAAGUCACAUUACUCGCAUUUUUACCACACCGCUUAUAGAGCCAAAUCCAAAAUGAGAAUAUUUAAUAAUGAUAUACCGUACUAUAAUAGCACUAGCUCGUGAUUUAAUAUUAUUAAAUUGUUUAUUAUUGUUAAAAUACUUAGAAAAUGAAAUUUAAUAUUACCAUACAAAUUAUAAUAUUAUUAUCGUACAAACGCGGUUUUUGUUUGAAUUAUCCAGAACACUUUACUUUUUUAAGGGCAUUAUAUUUUUCUUUACACGCAUCAAAUGUUUUUUUAUUUAUUUUUUUUUUUAAAUAAUGUGAUUAAGUCUUAUUGUCUGUAUUAUAUUUUUUCUUUAUUGACCAUCGUAACCGGACGAACUACAUUAUAAUAUGUAGGUAUAUAGUACUAGAAUAAUAUAAUUAUUAAUAUAAUAUUUUUUAUGUGCUCGUGUUUUUAUUAAAUAUCGUAUAUUUUAUAGUUUUUAAUUGUUUAAUUAAUUAAUAUUAUUCUCUUCGAAAGUAGAUUCAUAUUGUAUACUAAGGUAUUUAUAGCUUAAUAUAAGUUGUUAUUUGCGAGUAAAUGUGCACACAAUGUAUGUAUAUUUAUGUGUUUAGCAUCUAUACUUUCGUGCAACUGUAAAAUUUCCGUUAAAUUUUAAAAUAACUGUUAAACUGUAUAAUUAUUAGCGUAUCAUUCUUCUCUGAAUUUUAAAUAAGCAAGUUUAUCUUGUUGUACGUAUUUAUGUAUUAUAAUAUUAUUUGUGUUAUUCUUAUAAUUUUAUAUUUUUAUAAUUAUAUUAUACAAAACAAUCCAUGACCAAAUUAACAAACUAGCAUAACUUAAACAUACAACAUUAUAAUAAGUAUUUAGAAUUGAGUUAUUUAAAAUGUAAUCAAAAAUAGUUAUAAUAAUGCAUAAUAUCAAACUAUAAAUACUAAAAAUAAAUGUUAUGUACAUGUA